AUGCGUUUCUUCUCCAAGCUCGUUACUUCUCUGCCCCUCAUCGCCGGCAUCUGCUGCACCACCUCUGCUGCAGCCAUUCGUCGCGCUGUUGACUCGGAGGGCCUGGCCUGGAGCAUUCUUGAUCUCGCUGACAUGUCCCACAACGUGACCGAGAUCCUUUAUCACUGCGAGGAGAGAGACAAGAACGAUCCUUUUUGGCAAGAUCUUGUCAUUGAGCAUCUUACCGACCUCACCCAGAACACAAAAGACCUUGACAUCGCCAUGAAUGGCACGCAGGCAUUCACCGAUGAGGCCGCCCAGAAAGAGGUUUGCGAUAGCUAUGACAGCCUCUUCACGACCCAAAAAGAGACUAUGGAUGUGUUUGUUGAAAAAGGGUACUUCCGUAUUACCGAUGCAGGUGUAAAAAUUGAAAGCUUGCUGGAGCAGCUGGCUGGAGCCGAAGAUACCCUGGGAUCCAAGCUAAUCAAUGCGGUCCCUUUUUGUGCGGAUGCUGCCACCGACGACAAGAAGAACCUCGAUACUGCUGUCAAAAAGGCAAUCUGCGUCUUCAAGUUUGGUAAGAAUUGUUGA